AUGGGUCUCCUUAACUUGGUCGAAGACCGCCCUACCCCCAAGGUUGUCUACAACUGGCGGGUCUACUUCUCAGCGGCCGUCGCAGCGUCGGCAGCGAUGAUGAUCGGCUACGACUCUGCAUUCAUCGGCGGCACUCUGGCCUUGACGUCGUUCAAAGACGAAUUCCACUUCGACCGCCUCUCCAAGUCGGCCGUCGACCUUACGUCGGCGAACAUCGUCUCUUGCUAUCAAGCAGGAGCAUUUUUCGGCGCCUUCUUCGCGUACCCUGCCGGCCACUACCUCGGACGCAAGAUCGGCCUGACCAUCUUCGCCGCGAUUUUCACCCUGGGAGCGGGAUUGAUGCUGGGCGCCAGCGGAGCUCGUGGUCUCGGUUUGAUCUACGGAGGUCGCGUCCUCGCCGGCAUGGGAGUGGGCGGUGCGUCCAACCUUUCUCCGAUCUACUGCUCCGAGGUCGCACCACCAGCCAUCCGUGGCCGCCUGGUCGGGCUGUACGAGAUGGCAUGGCAGAUUGGUGGGCUCGUGGGUUUCUGGAUCAACUACGGCGUGUCCGAGACCAUGAGCCCCUCACACAGACAAUGGAUCAUUCCCUUCGCCGUCCAACUCAUCCCCGCGGGACUUUUGUUCGUCGGUGCCCUUGUCAUCCGCGAGUCCCCGCGCUGGCUUUUCUCCCGAGGACGACGUGAGGAAGGAAUCAAGAACCUGUGCUGGCUCCGCAUGCUCCCGCCCGACCACAUCUACAUGCAAGAGGAGAUCUUCGCCAUCGACAACGCGAUCGAGGACCAACGCACCACAGUCGGGUUGGGCUUCUGGCAACCAUUCCGGGCAGUCGUCAACGACCGCAAAGUCACCUACCGCUUCCUCCUCGGUGGUUCUCUCUUCCUGUGGCAGAACGCCACGGGCAUCAACGCCAUCAACUACUACUCGCCCACCGUGUUCAAGUCCAUCGGGAUUACUGGCACAAACACGUCGCUCCUGACGACGGGGAUCUUUGGGGUCCUCAAAACCGUGGUCACCCUCUUCUGGCUCUUCUUCCUGAUUGACAAGCUCGGUCGGCGCGCGCUGCUCAUGUACGGCGCCAUCGCGGGCUCGCUUUGCAUGUGGUAUAUCGGCGGAUACAUCGCGGUGGCCAACCCGGCCGGCAACCCCAGCGGCAAGUUAUCUUCAGGAGGUAUUAGUGCCAUGGCCUUCUUCUACCUAUGGACUAUCUCAUACACACCCUCGUGGAACGGCGUCCCCUGGGUCCUGAACUCCGAGAUGUUCAGCCAGAACGUGCGCACGCUGGCGCAGGCGUUUGCGGCGGCGAACAAUUGGUUUUGGAAUUUCAUCAUUGCGAGAUUCACUCCGCAAAUGUUCGCCUCAAUGUCCUACGGCGUCUACAUGUUCUUUGCAUCCCUGAUGCUCUGCGCCGCCGUCUACGUCUUCUUCCUGAUCCCCGAGACCAAAGGCAUCCCUCUGGAGGCCAUGGACCGGCUGUUCAGCAGAGAAGUCCCCGCGCGGCACGCUCACAGGACGGUCCUCAAUCACCUCAGGCUGGAGGAGCAAGAUUUCCGGCGUCAAAGCAUCAGUGGCGAGAAGGAGGAUGUGGAGGAACGGGAAAUCGCUGUGGGGAAGGUGUAA